AUGAGUAACUAGAAUCUUGAUUGCUAGUUAAUAUGCAAUGAACAUCAUAAUCAAGCUAUUAAUUUCAUAGAUAUUGGCAACUAUUCAUCCAAAAAAUUAUUGUGUUCUAAGUGCAUGAAAUAAAAUCGCUAUGUUGAUGAGUUAGAUGUGAUUCCAUUCUCCAAAUUCUAAUAAUGUAUGAAGAUUAUUGAAAAUGACUUCUGGGAUUUGAGCGAUUCUUAAUUCAGUAAGGAUGAAGUGUUACAAGCAUUUAAUGGUAGAAACUUAGAAGAAAAAUUGAAUCUCAUGUCAAAAGAAGAAAACCUACUUUCGCAGUAAUUUAGAGCAAAAAUCUAUGGUUAGAUAUAAGAGGCCUACGAUUAAUUUAUCAAAAGCUUAUAGGAACAAAUAAAUAAUUUUAGAUAUGAACUCUAAGAAAAUUUAAAAAACAUGCUCUCAGUUUUUAUAUAAAACAAACUUAAAUCUACUGAUCAGUCUAAAAUAGCGACCAUAAUAGUCCAAAAAAUAGACGAAAGCAAAUCCUACAGUGAGAUUGAAGAACUUAUUAAGCAGCUCCACUCCGGAAAGCUUGAAUUAAAAUUUAUUUUAGAUGACCUCAACACCACAUAAGCCUAAAUUUAAUAGACAUUACAGUAAUUGCUUGAUAAUUAAAAAAAAGUAUUUGAAAAUUCUAAAAAUUCUCUGAACUCCAUAUUACCACCUACAAAGACGGAUUCAAAAAGCGAACCCAAAUUAGAAAACUUCUUGAGAAGCAACAUCAUCAACAGCUGUAACCUUAAUAAUACACAUGAAUCUCCUCUCAAAUUUAUGAGACUAAAUUAAUUGAAGCUGUAAGGAAAUUGCGGAAGUAGUAGCUUGAAUGGGUCUUUGAACAAUACUAAGCUUAUUUCUCCAAUUUCACCUUAGAAAAUUGCUAAUUAAUAUUAGACCCCUCAAAAUUAUAUUAAUUCAAGCACACUCUCAUUAAAUAACAAUUAAAAGUAAAGUAUAGCUACAAAUAAUAAGGUAAAUACUUAAUAGAGAUAAUUUUUCAAGGAAAGAUUUAUUAACAGCCUAAAUACUCUCAACACUAUUUGCGAAAAGAAGAUAAACAACCAAUAAAUUAUUUCUCCUCGUGCAAAGAAUAAUGAUAGCUUAUCUAGAAUUCCUUAAGAUUUGGAUAGUUUGAGUGAAAUCAGAAACCAUACAAGCUCUAAUUUGUCCUCACUGAAUGAUUAAAGUGAAAACUCACUUUAAAUAAAUAAAUUGUCUGCAAGAGGCCACUCAGAAAAUAAGGUUAACAAAGAUGAAAAAAGAGCUCUGAUUGACUCUUUAUAUUACACAAGCAAUUAUAACAAUACAACCGCUCAUGAAGGUUAAGGAUUAAAGCUCAACGAUACAAACAAAAAUGAUAAAUAUUCAAGCUUACAAUGCAGCAGGCCCAAGCAAAAUUUACAACCAUUAACUAUUCAAUCAUAACCUAAUUUACUCGGCCACAAUCACACCAAUAGCUUAAUUCACUUAGCAUCUCCUGUUAAGAAGUAGGAGUAAGCUUAAUCGAAAAGUGAAUAAUCUUCUCCUUAAUCUAAUUAUACAAUUUGCAAGUCUAAAAUUUCAUAAGACAAUGUUACUUGUGCUUUGAAAAUGAAAAAUGAUAUCAUCGUGACAGGUACUCAAGAUGGUUAUAUCUUGGCUUGUGAAGUUUCCUAACCUUUAUCUGAAGACCAAGAAACCUAAGAUAUCAUAUUUAAAUAAAAGGUGAGAGCACAUAGAUACGUUACUCACUUAACUCAAUGUCCAAGUAAUAAUGAUAUGUUCUUCUCUGUAGGGUAAUUCAAAGAAAACUCUUCAUCAAUAAAGCUUUGGAAUUUAGGAAACAAUUGUCAUAUAACUGAGGUUGCUGAGUUAAGAGAUUUCCAUCCAGCUCCUAUCGACUAAAUCAUAGUGCUAAAAGAGGAAUUAACUAAAGAUGUAGCUCCAAUAAAUAAGAAUUCAAAAGAUCAAAAAGAAGAAGAAAUAAAUGAAGAUCGUACAGCUGCAGUAAAACCAUUGGUAACAGUGAUUACUUUGGCAACUUUUUCCAAAUCUGAUUCUUUAAAGAUAUGGAAUAUAACAUACAGAAAUGGUACUUUACAAAACGGUGUUGUAUAGAAAAUUAUAGAUAUUUCCUUGAAAAACUUAUCUAUAUAAUCUCAUCUUUUAAGGAUAGAAGAUUAGCUCUACAUUUCGAAUGCUAACAGAAUUUACGGCUACUCAUUCAACGAAGACUAUUCUGUUAUUAAAAAAGAAAUUUAAGUAGAUUUAUUUAUUGAGAAGAGUGACUUUAUUUAGUUCUUAUCAAAUUCAAAUAAUUUAAUUUGUGCUUUUUCUAAGUAAUAAUAAGUAGUGGUCUUAGAUAAUGAGCUGAAAUUGAAGAAACCAGCUGCUAAUUUAAUUAAGCUAUUAAUUUAGCAUAAUAAUAAAUUAGAACCAGAAAAAAUAUUCUUUAAUAACUUGAUAGCUCUAAACCAUGAUCACUUCGGUUUUGGGUUUAAGUAUGAUAAGAAUUCCUACAAAGUUGCUAUUUUAAAUGGGGCUACAUGCAAAGCAAAGGCCAUAAUUGAGUCAUUUGAAAAUCCUAUAUCAUUUGCAUUUGGGAUGAGCUCUGAUAAUAAAAUAUUACUCAUAGAAGCAAACAAAGUAAUAAAAAUCCAAAAAUCUUGGGUAAAUAAUAAUAAAAUAAAUAUUUCAUUCAAAAAUAAUUGA